UGGGUUUCCGACCUGGAAGGAGAAGCGUUAGUGCGACGUGGAAGAAGGCUGAGCUUCUCCAACACAGACCGCGUCUGUCCGUUUCUCUCACAGUCGGACUCUUUCAGGGGUCUUUUAAGCGUCUGCGGGCACUGACAGCGCUUUGAGGGCCAGCCUUCGGACCGGCGGGUCGGCGUAAGUUAGUGGAAAUCGCACAACCGCAGAGCGUCCAUGAGUCCGGCGUUAGCUAGUUAAUGUUAGCGGCUGGCAGUGCAGCCAAGGCUCCGUGGAUUCAGGCUCCGUGGGUUCGGGCUCCGUUUCACAAAGAGCAAAAACAAAACAAUGCGCAUGUUUGUGAACGGCCAGAGCAGCUAGCCGGUGAGCGAAAGUCUCCGUCAGGUCAGUGUGAGUUAGUUCAAGGGGCUGGAGAUCCAGCAGCUGCCGCUAUGGCACCGAUGGGAAUCCGGCUGUCCCCGCUCGGAGUGGCCGUGUUCUGUCUGCUCGGGCUCGGCGUGAUUUACCACCUGUACGCCGGGGUCCUCUCCAGCAGGUUCGCCGCCUUCAGGCAGAAGAAGACGGUGGAUCUCCGGGAGCUCCUGGCUCUGUCCAUCGAGGCCGCGGUGCAGGGAGGGAGAGAGGUGAAGCGCAUCCGAGUGGAGGACAACCUGGAGGAGAGAUCUAAAGGGAAGACCAAAGAAGGGGCCAGCGAGAAGCUGACACUUGGCGACCUCAACUCGCACAGGAAGAUGUAUUACCUGAUAAAAAACACCUACCCUUACUUACAGGUGAACUCAGAAGAGCAUGAUAACUCUGAUGGAGAAGCCACCAUAUGGACCCGCAACAUCCCUUCUGAGAUUCUGAAUAAGAUCCCGGAGGGUAAACUGGUGCCCGCAGAGAGUGUGACUGUGUGGAUCGAUCCGUUGGACGCCACUCAGGAAUACACAGAAAACCUGCGGAAAUAUGUGACGACUAUGGUGUGUGUGGCUGUAGAUGGAGAUCCUGUUCUAGGCGUGAUCCACAAACCCUUCACUGGGUUUACAGCUUGGGGCAUGGUGGGUGGGGCAGCAAAUGUGAACCGCCGUGACUCCUACAACGCAAACAACCCCAAAGUAAUAGUGUCCCGCUCGCAUGCGGGGAAAGUAAAGAGCUUCGUCCAGCAGGCUUUUGGGAACAGCACCGAAAUCAUACCAGCAGGGGGCGCAGGAUAUAAAGUGCUUGCGCUUCUGGAUGUUUCUGAUGAGGAAUACGAGAAGGCAGACAUGUACAUCCACGUGACGUACAUUAAGAAGUGGGACAUAUGUGCCGGAAAUGCCAUUUUAAAGGCUCUAGGUGGUCAUAUGACCACUCUAAAAGGAGAAGACAUCGACUACUCUGGCUCUGAGAAGAAUACAGGUGGCUUGCUGGCCAGCAUUGACAUAGACCACAAAGCUUUAGUGAACAGACUACCACCGUGGGAUGAGAACAAAUACUAAGCGGCCGAUCCUGAACAUCUUGGCUUUGAACUUGUGUUAAAUGAUGAAGAACCUGUUGAAGCACAAGGUUAAGGUGACUGGGCCGACGGCAGCCGCUCAGCCCUACCAAGGAUAAUGUAAGAGAUCCGAGCAACUAACGCAGCUUCUCUAUGUUCAAGGAAGAGUGCCUUCGGCUGCGGUGGAUAAUGGAUUCGGUUGUUCGCACUUAACGUUUAAAAUGUUUAACGGUGGGAUAAUUUCUUUAAGGAGGAGUCUUUAAUAUUUGAUGAUACGACGUAAAAAGAGCAGGGUCUUGGUAAGGCCGUGUUAUUAAUUAUUAAUCUCCAUGUUCGACACAAAUCUUAGUUUGGUCUCCGUUUGGUAAGUUCUCGCUUUAAGUGUGAUGCAUUGGGGGGUUUAAAGUGAUGGUUUGAUGCAAAAA